AUCAUUUUAGGUCAUGUGCAGGAUGUUUAUGCUUAUUUUUAGGCAUAGGGGGUAUGGCUUUUCUGUGUAGGGAUCAAAAUCUCAAUUCCGAUUUUGGGAUGGUGUGGGCCCAUCACCACCCCGAUCUUCCGAGGCUCUGAUUCGUCUGCUUGUAGCCUAUAAAUCACAGAUGUGACUCGGCUGGCUGGGCGGAAC